AUGACGACGGUGGAUAAUGUACUGGUACGCGACGUUCUGAAGAUGGAACGAAUCGGGGCACAUUCUCAUAUUCGUGGCCUUGGAUUAUCCGCAAAUUUGGAACCAGAACGAGUUUCUGAGGGUAUGGUCGGUCAGAUGGAAGCACGUCGUGCUGCUGGAAUUAUCGUUAAAAUGAUUCAGGAUGGCAAAAUCUCAGGGCGAGCGGUGUUAUUGACCGGUGAACCAGGCACCGGUAAAACGGCUAUUGCAAUGGGUUUGUCACAAGCUCUCGGUGAAGAUACUCCAUUCGUAUCAAUAACCGCUUCUGAAGUCUUCUCGAUGGAAAUGAGCAAGACUGAAGCAUUAAUGCAAGCUUUUCGAAAAGCUAUAGGUGUCCGAAUAAAAGAAGAAACUGAGGUGUUAGAAGGUGAGGUUGUAAGUAUUGAAAUCGACCGACCAGCAACUGGUGGUGGUGCAAAAGUGGGAAGGCUUACAAUGAAGACAACCGAUAUGGAAACAAUUUAUGAUCUUGGCAAUAAGAUGAUUGAAGCAUGUAUAAAACAAAGAAUUGGGGCUGGCGAUGUAGUACAAAUUGAUAAAGCCUCAGGUCGUAUAACAAAGAUUGGCAGAUCAUUUUCACAUACUUAUGACUACGACGCAGUGGGUCCUCAAACGAAAUCCGUACGAUGCCCUGAAGGUGAAAUCCAAAAACGUAAAGAAACUGUUCAUACAAUUGCUUUACAUGAAAUUGAUGUAAUAAAUUCGCGAACGCAAGGGUUUUUAGCCUUGUUUUCAGGAGAUACUGGAGAAAUAAAGAAUGAAGUGAGGGAACAAAUUAAUAAGAAGGUAGUUGAAUGGCGAGAGGAAAAUAAAGCAGAUGUUGUUCCCGGUGUGCUGUUCAUUGACGAAGCGCAUAUGCUAGAUUUGGAAUGUUUUUCGUUCUUGAACAGGGCUAUUGAAUCAGAUCUUUCUCCUAUUCUUGUAAUAGCUACUAACAAAGGACAUGAAUAUAUCCGUGGAACACAAAUCAAAAGUCCGCAUGGAAUUCCAAUUGAUCUUCUAGAUAGAUCAUUAAUAAUCCGAACAAAACCGUAUUCGAGCAAAGAUAUCGAAGAUAUUUUACGGAUUCGCGCACAAGAAGAGUCUGUAGAAAUGGAAGCAGAUGCAUUUGGCAUAUUGACGUUGCUGGCUGGUAAAACCUCGCUGCGAUAUGCUAUGCAACUGAUUUCAACUGGAAAUAUUUUGCGCGAACGAAGACGUGGUGAAAAGGUGUCACCGGUGGAUCUCAAGCGAGCUUAUUCCCUAUUUAUGGACCAUAAAAGGAGCGAGAAGUUCUUGAGCGAUUAUCAGAAGCACUUCAUCAAUGACUGA